AAAACCCUAGCAUCCCAUCUGGAGUUGGAUGGUACUCGCCGCCGCGCUCUUCCCACCACAGCAUCCCGGGUUGGGACGAGGCUUCCCGCCGCUGCACCGGGAUGAAACCCGGUGAGGAAGUCUGCCUCCCUUCACUAACAUGACGAGGAACAAACCUCCGAAGGCUUUCAGGCGCUACACGGACAUUUUUUAAAAGAAAAAAGACGCCCAAAUGUGAUGACCGCACCGAGCUCGGAACCAUGUACGAGGCUGGCCGUGUCUGUCUCCAGCCUUGCGGAUGACACUCGCACCGGUACCGGGCGGCUCCGGGUAGUGCUGUGAGAGACUUUGAGUUGGAAAAAAAAACAACAAAAACAAAACAAAAACAGCACAAUAUAUAAUAUUUUAAGAACCCUUAAAGAAAACAAAUGCCAACACAAAUGGUAUCCCAUAAGGUGGUAGUCGCAAUAAUCUUAUUAAAUGUGUAUAUAGGUGUACAGUCUGUUUUUUACUUAUUCGGCGGGGUUCUUUUAACGGGGUUGUUUGCUAUGGCAUUUUUAAAUGGACCCAGAUUGCUGGACUGGGCGAAUUCACCUCCACAUCUUCAGUUCAAUAAGUACGUCCUGACGGGAUACCGGCCAAUCUCCUCGGUGCAAGACUGCAUCAGAAGCCUGUUUUACCUGCACAAUGAACUUGGGAACAUAUACACUCACGGCAUCCCUUUGGUUUGCUUCCUGGUGCUGCUGCCUCUCAACAUUCCCUGGUCUCAGAUCAGCGUCACGUGGUUGGGCGUGGUCCACUUCCUGGCUUGCCUGUCGCCCCAGCUGGGCUCCGUGCUCUAUCACCUCUUCAUGAACCACGAGGGAGGCGAGCCCGUCUACCACACCCUCCUCAAACUCGACGUGUGUGGAAUCUGCAUGAUCAACACACUGGGGGCGCUGCCCAUUGUCUACAGCACGCUGCUGUGCUACCCGUUCAUCCGCACUGUGGCCCUGUUAGUCUACAUCCUGCUGUCCAGCCACGCUAUCUACUGCGCCGUCACAGCUCGGAGCAGCGUUCGCCGCCUGCGAUCCUUCGCCUGGCAGGCGCUGUUCCGCUUUUCUUUCUUCCUGCUGCGCUGGGUGGGCGUGGGCGGCGGCAGCCCCACCUCGCUACGCAACUUCCUCAUGAUGGACGCGCUGGCUGUGCUGGGCGGGGUCAUCAACAUCGCACGCAUCCCAGAGCGCUUCCGCCCGGGCCUCUUUGACUACUGGUGCAACAGCCACCAGAUCAUGCAUGUACUGGUGGUGGGCUCCAUCCUUUACCUGCACUGGGGUGUGCUGGACGACCUGCUGUGGAUCAACAGCUACAACUGUCCCUCAGACUGACCCCUCCUGCAGCCCCCACCCCCUCACAAGGAACACUGGGAUGUAAGGUUAACGGACCUCUGGGGGGAGGGGGUAU